GUGAAAAACAUAUCCUAUUUCAGACCAAAAUGGUCAACAUUUAUACCCUUUUUCAGGUCGAAACCACUUAAAAACACGUUUUGCUUGUUUCACAGAGUCAUUCAAAAGCAAUUCAGCACCUGUUACACCCGCAACAAGCAUUCCAGCUUCCUUGGAAGAUCUGAGACUGAAAAGGAAAUUCGCGAAAUCAACCGAUAUCUUAAAAUCAGCUCUCGGCCCAGUAGAACACUUGUCACAAGUCAAAUUAAUGCGGGACAACUCUAACGAGCAAGAGCUUGAAGUUAAAGGGGAAAGAGAGGGAAAAUUUAAAGGAGCGCUGAAGGCCAUGAAAAGGUAUCCAUCGAAUCUGCGAAUACGCUUAAGUAAGCUGCAUGAAAAGCAACCAGUUGGAGAGGCUGCCAAACGCGAGGCUUGCGAAUCAAUGGCAAAAUUUGCCCCGGGAUACAAGUCCUUACCAGCAACCCCAUGUAUCUCGAAGUCAACAGAGGACAUUCGAAGGGAAAGAUCCUUUACAAACUAUUUACAAGUACCUCCAAGUCCUGGGGUCUUUCCUGGACUUGUGAAGCGUUUAUCGGAAUUGACACCCCCUGUGUUGGAAGAUGAAGAACCAAGGCAGCACUUCAGCUUUUCAAAGCCAUCCCUGAAGGGGCAGCUCAGUAAUGUGGCAGAGCAGGAAGCCAAUCAGAAGGAAGAUUCGGUUUGCACUGCUUCCGAAGAGCAAUGCGAAGGUAAAUAAAUACAAUAAUGUGCAUAAGUAAUGCUAACGGUAUUCGAGGAAAUGCGCGAAUAUCGGGGCUUUUCCAAGAAAAUGAACGAAAACUCCUCUCCCACCGAAGAUUCGAAGAAUUGUCUUCGAAAACCCGGACACCCAUUCAAAGCGUAUAGUUUCUGCUGUUGCAAAAUUUCGCUUGGCUUCGUUAAAAUUUGCUACGAUAGCUCGUGGGACCUUGCAAGAUUUCUCUCAAAAUUUCCUUCCAUAGUCUCAUAUGAAACAUUGCGUGGAGUGUGCCUCACCUGUGCCAAACUCUGCGCAAUUGUUUGUGCUGCCUGAGUAUUAAGCAGUGUAACGGCGAUAGCGAUGUUUCUUGUUUUAUACAACAAAACAAUCAUGUUUCAUAUGAAAACCCGCGCAUGAUAGUUGUUUAUAAGUCAAUCAAAUUUGCUUUAAAAGCUACAAUCCCAGACAAAAGAGUUGGGACACGAACCAAGCUCUCCCCUGCCCCCACUUUCAAUGUUGACAGUCAGGUGAUUUUUCCCUUUUUUGUUGGAGAAAACGCGAUAUUUUCCAACAUUGAUUAGGGGGGAAGGAGGAUACGUGAUACAGCUCAAGUGUCCCAGCUACUUUUGGCUGGUAUUGUAGUUUCUAGGAAUGUUAUGUGAACUCGUCAGUCUAAAAUACUAUUAGUGUAUCAGUUGAGUUGGGCUGUGCCCAACCAUGGCAUUAGGAUCCCUGCUUCGUAAGAGUCGUGGAGCAUAACAAAGAUUCACUAUUGCAAGUGAAUAUAUGAAGGGUCAUAUAUUUGGACUGCGGAGAACGAUAUGAAGACAUGACUGAUCAUCGAUGAUCAGUCAUGUCUUCAUAUCUUUCUCCGCAGUUCAAAUGUAUGAUCUUUGAUCUAAUAUUCACUUGCGUUCUUCACCAUCUACGGGUGUAUUACGAACUCACAACA